AUGGAGUGUCCUGUGAAGGAUGGGAUCCUAUAUGUCCAACAUCUCAAAUUUGGAAAGAAGAUUUGGAAGAAAGUGUGGGCCCAGCUCUUUGCUGAUAGUCCCUCUGGGGUUGCGCGGCUCGAGUGCUUUGAAACACGUGAAGGAGCAGAGAAGGCAACCCUGCGCAAGAGUGAAUGCAAAGUGAUUCGCCUCUCAGACUGUGUCUCUGUGGAACGGGCUGGUGAACACAGCUCACCCAAGGACACAGCACCCUUCUAUUUGCACAUGAUGGCACGCAACUACGUUAUGGCAGCAGAUGAACCAGACGACUGGAUAAAAUGUGUCUGCCAACUGGCUUUUCAGAGAACGCCUGCUUCAUCAAGCGCAGUCGGAGAUACUCCCAAGCUAAAGCCUCCAAUGGAAGAGAAUGUCAUCUACUCAUCCUGGCAAGAAACAUGUGAGUUCCCAGUUGUAGUGUUGCAUACAGAAGCUUCUUCCAGGUGUUGCCUGAAAGGAAACUACCUGCUGAUGGCUUUAUCUGAAUGUCUGGAGCUGAAGGAUUCCCAGUCUGGACAGACUGUCUAUACCUGGCCUUAUGCUCUACUCCGUAGAUUUGGUCAGGACAAGGCUGUAUUUUCUUUUGAGGCAGGGCGUCGCUGUGAUUCAGGAGAAGGUCUCUUCACUUUUAACACUAUUCGGGCUGCAGAGAUCUACAGGGUUGUCUCAGCUGCCAUUGAUCACCGAAAAGCCACUCUUCUUGAAGCAGAAAAGAAAACUCAUAUUUCCCCAGCUGAUGACUGUCUGCAGAAAGUGGGAGCCUGCUUACGGUUCACCACCACAGAGAGCCUGGAGGAGAUGCAAUCACUGUAUGCAGGAACUCCAGUGGAGAUGGGUUUCCCAGUCAUGCAUGUUAAGGAUAGCCACUCGGUUUCUCCAGAAAUGGAGACUUCUGAGCCACCCAUCAUCUAUGCCUCUAUUGGCAAGAAUUUAUUCCAGCCCUGGGCUGAGAUGGUACCCAAAGAGCAUGGAGAACAGCUCUCAGAUCAUCUGUAUGAGAACCUGUCUUCUCGAGAACAACAUAUCUUCUCUCCAGGUGCUCAUCUCCUCUACAGAGAUUCUUUGGAGGAUAGGAGCAAUGAUCCAUCACCUAUCUAUGGCAACAGUCCUGCAACAACAACAUGCCCAAGUAGUCAUUCUGGCAUGAGCUCCAGUACAGAGGUUGAUUCUUCCUCAGAAAGCCAGUACCACCACGUGCUGCAUUGUCAGGCAAUGGAGAGCAGAGGUGAAGCUGAAGGGGAGGCCUUGGUGAGUGCUAAGCCCAAGGCUAGAGGAAAUGGUGGUUUGAAGCACAAAUUGGUCUCCUUGCUGAGCAGAGAUGGAGGAGUCCCGAAGGCAUCCUGCAGGAAUACUAGUCUUGCGGACAAGUUGUAAUGAAUCCUUCAGCUGCAAGGGACCUGUCCUAUAGGACAUGAAUUUUUUUCAUUCAUUUUUUCUCCUGUGUGUUAUUGUUCUUGAAGUCUUGACAGGAACUGUCUUUGGCCUCUUUUAGAACAGGUGGUGGCUUGAAGACAAGUGGGCUAAAGAACCUCUCUCCUACUGAAUUAUUCUUGGAUAGUUAGAGAUGGGAGCGGGGAUUGUUCUUUCAACUCAAUCAAGGGAUUUGAAAGACCCUGGGAAAUGGGACGGAUGUACAUUGGUUUGGGGUUUUUUCCACUUUGUGUCUCAAUAAACAUUUUUUAUGCUGUUGA